AGUCACCAGUCACACAACAUACCUACCUAUCUAGAUUGAAUUAUAUCAUGAAUGAAACCAUCGGAAUUUAUCUGUUUUAAGAUUAAAUAACUUAUUCUCACAUUUCUCUAUCUCUAUUUCUCUUUCCCUUUCUCUUUCUCACAAUCAUCCUUCAUCUCAAAAAUUUCCUAGUGACAGCCAUAAUUGAACCAUCGAACGUCAUCUGAGCCAUAGCCACACCUCACUUAAUAUUUGCCCAUGAUAGAUACGAUUACCUACCAAAUACACACACCAAACCACCUUUACUAUCAAUCCAACAAAAUAAAACCCAACGAUACCUACCUGACUCUUUGAGAUAUCUUAAUUCAAUUCAAUAUUCAUCAGUCAACUCAAAAAUCCAUCAAAACUAUUAAAAUGUCAGACGAGACACCAACUGCGCCCGAGGGCGAUUCUCAGAUCACCUUCAAGGUCAAGACAUCCUCUGAUGGAAAUCACACAAUCACUAUGGCAGAGACCGCAACAGUUCUCGAUUUAAAGACAAAGCUAGCUGGAGAUGAUUACGAAAAGAUUCCAGUAGAUCGUCAACGAUUAAUCUACUCCGGUCGCGUUAUGAAGAAUGAGGAACCUCUAAGCACUUAUAAGAUCAAGCCUAACAAUACGAUACAUAUGGUCAAGAGCGCACAAAGCAACGUUGCCAAUGCUGCUGCCAAUGCCGCAACUGGCGCUGCAGCAAGUCUCCCAACUAACAUGGCUGCCGGAACUGCGAAUAACCCUCUUGCUGGCUUGACAGGUGCUCGAUAUGCAGGCCAUAUGGGUCUUCCAGGUGCUGAAAUGUUCGGCGCAGACGGUGGUAUGGGUGCGCCACCAAGUGAAGAUGCGCUCGCUCAAAUGAUGGAUGAUCCCAAUAUUCGUCAAACGAUGAACGAAGCUCUCAACAACCCGGACCUAGUCAAUAUGAUGAUUCAAAAUACCCCAAUGCUCAGAGAUAUGCCCAACGCGCGCGAGAUAUUACAAUCACCCAUGUUCAGAAACAUGCUUACGGAUCCAAACUCCAUUCGACAAGCUGCUGCGAUGAGAAGACAAAUGGGAGGUGGAGGGGCUGGCGGCUUUCCCGCUCCAGGCGUCACUGACACUACACCCGCUGGAGCAGCAGGGAGCACCCCAGGAAGUGGUCAGCCUAGUGUACCACCUUUCAAUAUGUUUGGAAUGCCUGCCGCAGGAGGUGCUAAUAAUCCAUUUGCAUCAUUAUUCGGCGGACCAGGAGCAGCAGCCGCUGGUCAUACGCCUGCCCAAACUCCUCCACCUCCCGCUUCUGCUGGAGGAACCCCAUCAACUGGUACUGAUGCCAAUCCACCGAAUCCCUUUGCCUCGCUGUUUGGGGGAGCGGGUGCUGGAGCUGGAGCCGGAGCCGGAGCAGCUGGAGCGGGAUUUAACCCCUUUCAAGGAAUGCCACAACCCACUCCUGAACAAUUACAACAAGCAAUGCAAAUGAUGCAAAACGGAACAUUCGGAGAUAUGUUUGGUCCUGGUGGAUUUGGCGGCAUGGGCGGAAUGGGUGGUGCGGCCCCAAGUGCACCUGCAGCUCCAGCAGACACCAGACCACCUGAAGAAGUUUACGCCGAUCAACUUAGGCAAUUAAACGAUAUGGGAUUCUUCGACUUUGAAAGAAAUGUGGCAGCUCUAAGAAGAAGUGGAGGAAGUGUUCAGGGAGCCAUUGAACAAUUGUUAAGCUAGAUUUCUGGGUAUUUUCUUGCUUUUUAAAUGUUUCUUUGGGCGGAGGGGCAAAGUGUCGAUAUCACGGAUGAAUGAAUUUAUGGGGAAUUCUCCCGAAGAUUGAUUCACUCUUCUUACAUUUCCAUGAGUAAUUUUUAUUUACAAGAUUUGCUUGCGUUGCUGAACCGGGUUGAACUAAGCUAAGCGCUUUACAUCGGGUGUUGGGAGUCAAUUAAAUCAGUUAUGAAUAUUUGUUUUGACAUAAUGUGAUAGAUGACAAUUAUAUGUGACAGGUGUGCGGUAUUCAGUUGUGCAAA